AUGGGGACGCGGACGAUGAUGCCGUCGACGACGCCGCGGGCGCGAUCGGGGGGGCGCGCGCGCGAUCAGGGACGGAUGCGGGAGACGAUUGUGCGCGCGAGUGAGAAUCCGCUCGAACGCUUCUUCCCGCCGCAUCGACAGCGCUCGGGGGCGAAGGAUGGCGCCUCGGGCGGAAGGGAGUCCGCGGUGGUGCGAGAGAGUGAUGAUGGCGCGGUGGAGGCGCGCGGGCGGGCGAACGAGUCGACGGGAACGGUGGGAUCGGGGGGGCGGAGCGCGGGGCGGACGCCGACGCUCGCCGACGCGGAUCCGGGGGUGCGACGCACCAGGGCCGCGCUCGACGGCGCGCGACCGGGCGAUUUGUUAAUGGUGGAGACGCGGUUCGCCGAUGGGAGCGACGUGCUGGCGAGUGGGAGAGAUCAGAUGACCACGAGGUGGUUCGUCGUUCGUCGGAUCGGUACGUCGGCGGGCGGGCGGAAAAUGUUGGAGGGUGAGUUGGAGGGCAAGCUGGCGCAAAUCGUCGAUCAAGGCGGGACGCAAGAGGCGAGAAUAGGGAUUCAAGGCGCUCUGUUCGAUGAGCGAGGGGGGCUGGCGAGCGCGAAGGGGGUGAGAGACGCGAAGGCGAUGAAACGCGUCGCAAAGGCGCACGCGAAACGGGUGAACGACGAGAUGGAUAAGGCGACGCUCGUGUCGCAAGCCGCGAGCGCGUUGACGCUUGAAAUGUUGGAGAGCGCGGUGCGUGCGUCUCCGGACUUUUGGACGCGCGGUAACGGCGCGCACUCGAGACGCGUGAUCACCGACGCCACCGAGAACGCGACGAAGAUGGCGGGCGAGCUCUUGGCGCUGAAACACGGACAUCGAGACGUGGUUUUGACGCAGAUCACGAGCGACUGGGAGUGCGGGACGGAGGACAGCAUACGCGCUCCGUUCGCGGCGUCCGUGCUCGAGGACAUCCUCGCCACGCAACGCGACGUCGCGGUGGAGAUAUCGGAGGCUCGGUACGAGACGGAAAACAUGACCGACGGUGAGCCGCAGUACGAGAGUGGGGUCACCUUUGUGGUGUAUCGAACGGUCGCCGAGCACAGGGCGAAGCUCUUGGCGUCCAUGGGUGUGCAGGCGACGCGAAACGUCGCGAGAGCGUUCGAGCAAGCUCUCGUCGGCGUCGCCCUCGGGUACGACGACGCGAACGUCGAGUACCACGUGCGUCACAUGAACGAAGAGAAUGAGAUAUCGAUGGAAGAGAUCCGGACGCUGAUUGAGAACGCCAGGCAAGAAAUCGACUCACUUUUGACGACCAAGGCGUGA